AUGCAGACCACCGGGGCACUACUCAUUCCUCCUGCUCUGAACCGCUCUUGUACCAGGGGCCUGAUCAGGCCUGGGUCUGCCUCCUUCCUGAGGAGGCCAGAGAUCCCAUCUGAACAGCCUUCCUACAGCAGUGUCCCACUUCAGGUGGCCAGGCGGGAGUUCCAGACCAGUGUGGUCUCCCAGGACACUGACACAGCGGCCAAGUUUAUUGGCGCUGCGGCCACCACAGCUGGUGUGGUUGGUUCAGGGGCCGGUAUUGAAACAGCGUUUGGCAGCUUGAUCAUUGACUAUGCCAAGAACCCGUCUCUGAAGCAGCAGCUCUUCUCCUAUGCCAUUCUGGGCUUUGCCCUAUCUGAGGCUACGUGGCUCUUCUAUCUGAUGGUCGCCUUCCUCAUCAAUUUUGCCAUGUGA